GCACAAUUUCGCCGUGUGUUUGAAAAAAUGGCAGCUGUUAAAGUGUGCGAAGCGGAGAAGGUUUAUAUAAUGCACGGAGUUCGAGAUGACCUGAGAUUGGACGGGCGAGGAUGUGAAGACUACAGACACAUGGAGAUCGAGACAGAUGUGGUGUCAAAUACUGAUGGAUCUGCUAAAAUCAGUCUUGGUCACACAGAUGUUCUCGUAGGAAUCAAAGCAGAGAUUGGUAAACCCAGACCAAUGGUACCAGACGAAGGUUAUUUGGAGUUUUUUGUAGACUGCUCAGCAAACGCUACUCCUGAGUUUGAGGGGCGUGGUGGAGAGGAGCUGGGAGUGGAGCUCAGUAACACCCUCCUUAAAGUGUUCAACAACAGACACAGUUUAGACCUGAGAUCCCUCUGCAUCUGCCCAGGGGAAAACUGCUGGGUGCUGUAUGUGGACGUGCUGUUGUUGCAGUGUGACGGAAACCUGUUUGAUGCCAUAUCUAUCGCAAUAAAAGCUGCUCUGUUUAACACACGGAUCCCCAAAGUGCACAUCUCUGAGGAUGAGGAGGGAGGGAAGGAGAUUGAGCUCUCGGACGAUCCAUUCGACUGCAUGCGGCUCAAUGUGGAGAACGUCCCUUGUAUCGUAACACUCUGCAAAAUCGGUCACAGGCACGUGGUGGACGCGACGCUCCAGGAAAAGGCCUGUUCUGUGGCGAGUCUUCUGAUUGCAGUCACGCACACGGGAAUGGUGACCUGCGUCAGGAAGAUGGGAGGAGGAAGUCUGGACCCGGAGAGCAUCUUCGAGAUGACUGAGGCUGGUAAACGAGUAGGAAAAUCUCUUCAUGCUCCUCUCAUGGAUCUGCUCCAGAAAGAAGAAAGUCUUGGAAAGAAACGACAGAAAGUGGGAUUCCUUGGAUAGCUCUCUGUUCCUGUUUUUGUUUGUUUGCUUGCUUUGUUUUUUAAAUAAAUGAUUUCUUUUUUCAGU